GUUUACAAGUGGUUGCGAUACUAAAUACUGAAAUACCUCCACCAAGGGUGUGAAUGUUCAUUAGGAAAGCUUGCGGGAAACUGUGGGACCUUCGUGGAGUCGCGCGUGCUCGAGUCGAUUGCGGAAACAGGUGGAAAACGAUACCGCGUGAUCGGGUGCCAGCCAUUCGAACGGCCUUUAUUCUUCGUUCACCAGCAUAACAGCUUCAUCAGCAAGGAGACGAACUUUUUCCGAUACAUCACUGUCAACCGGUGAAGAGCGCGUGAUAAUGCAUAGGCGUGUGGUGCCUCCAGCGAUAUGAUGAUGCCGUGCGGUUUAGUCACGUCCCGGACCGAGGCUGAGCGCUGGACGGGGCGCUGCUAUCGAUAUAGUUUUGGGCUCCCACUAAUCAAACAUAUUUGCACGUGAGGCAAUUAGUUCGAUCACGCGGCGAGCUUACGGCCUGGGGCCUCAGCGGAAAAACAAACCCCAGCAUGAAUACAUUAAACCGUUGCACUCCCAAGAACCAGUUCCGAUGAGACUCUGGCCGGAGUAGGAAGGUUCAUUAGGUGGUGCUCGGUCUGGCAGAACUAGAUCGGAAGGUGGUGUAGCGAGAAAAACGAGUUUUUAUUGGCAGUCUAAAGGGUCUUGUGAAGUGGUGAAAGCAGUGCCGAACGGAACGGUCAAACAUUGGCACGCCAUUUCGGGUGAAUGGCGUCGAUUUGAAGCAAAACGGUGGUGACAAAGGACGGGACAUCGAGCUCGGGACGGAAAACCUUUCCACCAUGCGUCUGCUACAUGGCCAGUGAUGAUCGCUGGUAGGGUACAGCUGAGGAUCGUUUAGCACAUCAAGUAUCUCGUGAACCGUAAGAUCAUCUGAAGAGUAUUCCAAGAAACUAGCAGGAUGAGUGGCAUACAGAACGAAGCAUUUCUAACCGAAAUGGAGGACGGUACCACGCUAACGAAACGCAAAUCGAACGGAUUCAUGACAGUGGUUGAGGGAGUACCAUCGAUAUCGUACGGCCACGAUGAGACGCCACCGGUCGACGGUCAGACGCCGGCAGUUGGACGGCAGGGACAAUCAACAGACACACUUUACGACAGACUCGCCGGGGCCAUCGAGCGUCACAGGAAACACAUCGAAUUGGGCGUCUACAUCAUACUGAACGUGGUGGUGAUUGUGUUCUUCGGGUUCGCUACCAAUUACUACCUCGAGUACGAGCAAGAUGAUUGUGGUAUGCAGUGGUGUAAUGGGUACGGUAUGCUGAUCCUUCUCAUUGGAUUCGUCUACUUGGGACUUAUGUACUACUACCUGGUGAAACCUGUGCUGGGGCGUCCCUUUAAAAAGUACCUUGCGGAACCGGCCAUCAGAAUCAUUACUCACAUCACAAAACCCUGGUAUGUUCGUUUAGCCGUCCUCUGCCUGGUGUUGGUCGGGUUCGGACUGUUCGUGUACUUCGAAACGCGCGACCAAACCGAACGGCUCAUAUCACUUUCCGGCAUGGCGUUCCUGCUGGUCAUCUCAUUCUGCGUGUCGAAGCAUCCGACCAAAAUCAACUACCGCCCGGUCGUGCUGGGCGUCACCUUCCAAUUUCUGCUCGGUCUGUUCUGCAUCCGGUGGGAGGUCGGCCGUAGCAUCUUUACCUGCGUUGGCAACAAGGUGGCCACGUUUCUGAACUACGCCAAAGCCGGCGCGUCGUUCGUGUACGGGAGCGUGCUGGUUGGCGAUGGCGAGAACGAGUACGCCAUCUUUGCGUUCGCCGUGCUGUCUGUGAUAUACUUCUUCAGCUUCUUCAUCUCCAUCCUGUACUAUCUCGGUGCGAUGCAGUGGGUCGUGCUGAAGCUGGGCUGGAUACUGCAGUCCAUCCUGGGCACGACCGUGUGCGAGAGUGUGAUCGCAGCGGCCAACAUUUUCCUCGGGAUGAGCGAAUCGCCGUUGCUGAUCCGACCGUACCUGAAAGAUCUGACGCACUCGGAGAUACACUCGAUCAUGACGUCGGGAUACGCGACCGUUUCGGGUACGGUGCUGGCGGCGUACAUUUCGUUUGGGGCCAAUCCCGCCCAUCUGGUUACGGCCAGUGUGAUGGCGGCACCGGGUGCACUGUGCUUCGCGAAGAUGAUCUAUCCCGAGACGGAGGAAAGCAAAACGCGAUCGGAUAAUAUACAGAUGGAGGAAGCAACGGAUUCUUCCAUGCUGGACGCCGCUAGUAAUGGAGCUGGUGCAGCCACCCCGAUUGUGCUCGGAAUCAUCGCUAACCUGAUCGCAUUUGUAUCGUUCGUUGCGUUCCUGAACGGUCUGCUCGCUUGGUUUGGAUGGCGCGUCGGUUGGGAGGACGUUUCGCUGGAAAACAUCUUCGGUGCCGUGUUUCGGCCACUCGCGUUCGUGAUGGGUGUUCCCUGGGAUGAUAGCUACUACGUCGGGAAGGUGAUCGGUAUCAAGAUGAUCGUGAACGAGUUUGUAGCAUUUCAACGGCUCGGAGACUUUAUCGCGGAGCAAGUCAUCUCGCCACGAUCAGCUGCGAUCGCAACGUACGCGGUGUGUGGUUUUGCUAAUCCUAGCUCGAUGGGCAUCAUGAUCGGUACUCUCAGCGCAAUGGUUCCUGACAAACGGAACGUCAUCACGUCGGUAGCGUUCCGAGCGUUUCUGACCGGCUCGAUCGUUUGCUUCAUGACGGCCAGCAUCGGUGGACUGUUGAUGGAUGAUACGAUUUUUAACAAUUUCGGCAAGGUGGGUUCACUCGACGAAGCGAUCGUGCUGAACAGUACGGUGCCAAUACUAACUCAAUAGCAUUUGUUAGGUUAAGCGAUAGUAAGUUCCAAAUAAAGAAACCCGUUUCUGUCGUGUUGUGUCGUGAGUCAA